AUGAGUGAAUCACCAAGCUACGACCCCAAAGUUGCUGCCACCUUGUAUGACACCUUCGGAGACUAUAUGGUGAAACCAACCGUUGUAGGUGAAUGCUCAUGCAGUUAUGCCCUGAACGUUUUUCUGGGAUUGAUGUUAUUCAAUGUGAUGUUAUACUUGUCCUACAUCGUUGGUAAAAAGGAAAUCUUCCAAAAACUUAAAUACCACGGAUAUUAUUAA